GGGGCGAGCAGAGGGAGGGAAGGUGCUGAGGAGAGAGCCUGUGUGUGUGACAGUCACUGAACAACGGCCAGAGACAGCUGAGACUACACAGACAAGCUGCUGAGCGCUCACAACAGCAGUCAUCUUUAUCCUGAGGCGCACAAAACAACAGACAUCUUUAUACUGAGGGCAGCUCUGACAACCAUCCCCUCUGCAUCAAGACUUAUUAAAAAAAAAACUCUGACGGACUUUAGAAGCACAGCUGUUGCUGGAUUUUUUUUUACCUCACAACUGAAUAUUUUUACCUCAGAUUUUUUUUUUAAAAAAGCCCAACAAUUUUUUGGGAAAAAAGUCUCUUGUCAUAAAGUUUGCUGAAGAAAAAACAAAAUAUGGCAGAAAACUCAGCUGCACCUGCUGCCAAGCCUAAAAGAGCCAAGUCAAGCAAGAAGUCAAAUGACCACCCAAAGUACUCUGAUAUGAUAGUGGCUGCUGUCCAAGCCGAGAAGAGCCGCUCUGGAUCAUCACGCCAGUCCAUUCAGAAGUACAUUAAGAACCACUAUACAGUGGGGGAGAAUGCAGAUUCACAGAUCAAGUUGUCUAUCAAGAGGUUGGUGACCUCUGGCACCCUAAAACAGACAAAGGGUGUAGGUGCCUCUGGUUCAUUCCGCUUGGCCAAGGCUGAUGAGGCCAAAAAGCCUGCCAAAAAGGUCAAGAAGGAAGCAAAGAAGGUGGCAACUCCUAAAAAAGCAGCAAAACCCAAAAAAGCUGCCAAGUCUCCAGCCAAGGCCAAGAAACCCAAAGUGGCUGAGAAGAAAGUGAAGAAGUUGGUCAAGAAGAAACCAGCACCAUCUCCCAAAAAGGCCAAGAAGACAAAGACUGUCAAAGCCAAGCCUGUUAAGGCACCUAAGGUCAAGAAAGCCAAGCCCUCUAAACCCAAGGCAAAAGCCAGCCCAAAGAAAAGUUCAAGGAAGAAGUAAAGCGCCUCCAGUCUCUGGACAGCUCCUAACUACAUCUGUACAUAGUUUUAUAACCUUUUUUUUUUUUUUUCCCUCUUCCAGCUCAACUUUAAAGAUCAGCUUCCCUAUAAUUCCCAAGGACAAUAUUUGUAUUUAUAUAAAAUAUAUUUGUUUUUGUUUUUUAUUUUUUUUGUUAAUAGGUCGGAGCAGUGGGUGGCAGAUUUUUUUUGUUGUUGCCUGCACUAAAUUUACAAUCUUGUUUUAUUAAUUAUGAUUUUUUUUCCACCUAUUGUCAAUUUAUUGAAGUCUAUAAACUGCUGGAAGAUUUGUAUGUUAUACUAACUUGGGGGGUUGAGUUAGAUUGUAAUUUUGGAUGGUUAGGCUGAGAUAAUUGAGCUCCAGGCAGUUAUUUUCUGUUUUUGUUUUCCAAUAAUGUUUUCCUUAUAGUUUUUGUAUCUGAUCGAACAGAUUUUUGUGUAUUGGAUUAAACAAUAUGCUGGGCUGGCAGUGGAGAAACAGCUGAUCACUACUUUUUUUUUACUCUACUGUGGGAAUCCAAGACCUUAUUUUACUCCCAAAUAUGAUCCCCUGCCAAUCUUGCUUAACUAACCGCACUUACCACUCAGUCUAGCAGACGCUGCUGCAAAUCAAGCAGCUACUUUGUUCCGAAACCCUCUCCACAACAUAUAGAACUGUAGCAAAGUUGCACUACUAAAAAAAAAAAAAAAAUUAGAAUUUUGGUUUAGUUGCAAAUUCCUUUAUUUUGGAAGUCAUCAAGAAUGAAAGGACUUUGUUCUUUUUAUUUUUAUAUAUAUAUAUAUAAUUUGAUUGGACUUCUUUUUUUGUCAGACACUAGCAGCGUAUUGUCUCUCGAUUUCAGCAUCACUUAAUUUGCAAUCUCUUAGAUCAGCGUUGUACUAAAAAAAAUUUUUGGUGUACAUUUAAUUUGUCGGGUGGGAUAAUGUGAACAUAGCAAACAAAACGUAUAAAUUAUGUGUGUAUUGCUUUGUUAGUCUAGCAUCGAACAGAUACAAUUCUUUGUAAUCAUGAAUUUAAAAUAAAAAUACCAUAAAAUAUA